UUUUGCGAAUGUGUGUAAAAAAGAGUAUAAUAUUAAUCAGUCUGAGAAGAAAUGGGAAAAAAAAGAAGAGCUAUAGAAGAUCGGGCAGAAGAAAAGUGAAUAAAGUAGAAACUGAAACUUUCAGUGAUAGUGAAUCAGAAAAUAUUGAGUGUGAGAGCAGUUCAAAUGAGUUAUAUGUUCAGUCUAUAAGAAAAGUUGGUUCUGUUAGUAGCGUAAAGAAACCAUUGUUAUGGUUGAAGAAAAUUAUUGUAGAAGGUCAUAAGGUAACAUUUAAGCUAGAUACAGGAUGCGAAGUAAGCAUUUUGACUUUAAAUAUUGUUAAAAAACUAGGGCUUCUUGAUAAAAUGCAAAAAUCUAAAGUCAAACUAGCUCUGUAUGGCAUUCGUGAUUAUGUAUUCGCUCCAUUAGGAGAAAUCACUUUAAAAUGUCAAGUUAAUGACAAUGUUAGAAACAUAUUCUUUGCAGUUUGUGAUAAUAACGAAUUGCCACUACUGAGUUGUGCUGAUUGCAUUGAUUUAAACUUAGUAAAAAGAGUAGACUCAAUUGUUGACGAUUCUGGUCAAUUUAUAUCACUCGAUCAUGUUGUUAAAAGAUACCCAGUAGUUUUUGAGGGUCUUGGUUCUUUUCCUAGAGAACAUCACAUUACUUUAAAAGAAGGUACAGUUUCGGUAGUUCAACCACUUAGACGGAUUCCAAUUGCACUGCAUGAUUGUUUAAAACUUAAGCUUGAUGAUCUUGAAAAACAAGGUAUUAUAAGGAAAAUUGAUAGGCCGACUGAAUGGUUGAAUCCUCUGGUGAUAGUUGAAAAGAAAAACAAGGAUUUACGCUUGUGUCUUGACCCAAAAUAUUUGAAUUUAGCAAUAAAACAAGAAAGAUUUUUAAUUCUUUCAACCGAGGUAAUAGCUGUUAAACUUAAUAAUAAAGAAUAUUUCAGUUUUAGAUAUGAAAGACGGGUACUUUCAAAUUCGAAUUGAUGAAC